AUGACUUUCUUUCUUCUGUUUAUGAUUGUAAUAGAUGUUGGACACGUUGAUUCCAAGUAUGUUAUACAGAAACGCAGUGAUUUUUUACAAAAGGCAAAACUAUAUGUUCGAAGAAUUGUGGAGAGGAGGAUAUUUACCAGUGGUAAAGAUGAAAUUGGGUUGAUUGUACUUGGUUCUGACAAGACACAGACUCUACUUGAUUACCCAAAUGUGAGUGUGGAAUUUCCUCUUGCACUGCCUACAUGGCAGAUGAUACCCUUUGUGGAGAAAUCUUUACAUGAAAGAGAAAUAAAAACAGAUUGGAUAGAUGGUGUUGUUGUUGGCAUGCAAGUCUUGAAAGAUGAGCUAGAUUUGUUUAGAAUAAUUUGCUGUUUCACAGGUGCCCUGAAAAAAAUAAAAGAUCGCGAAAGUGUCUUAAUGACAACCGAUGGCCUCAUAUUGACAAGACAGCUGGUUGCCUUACAGAGGGCAGGGCUUGACGGUCUGAACAUCUGCUUAGACACCCUGCAGUCCCAAUGCUACAACCAGAUCACGAGGAGGAAAGGCUGGGAGCAUGCCAUGGCUGGCAUAGAUCUAGCCUUGCAACUUGAAUACGACCCUGUGAAGAUAAAUUGUGUUGUAAUGCGAGGUUUUAAUGAAAAUGAAGUGUGCAGUUUUGUGGAGUUAACAAAAGAGAAAAAUGUUGAUGUAAGAUUUAUCGAGUACAUGCCUUUCAGCGGCAACAAAUGGAAUGAUGGGAAGAUGGUCUCAUUUUGUGAAAUGCUCCAAAUAAUUAGAAAGCAGUGGCCUAAUUUUGAUCCUCUUCCCAAUGGGCCCAAUGAUACCUCAAAGGCAUACCAUGUCCCGGGCUUCAAGGGACGUGUGGGAUUUAUUACCUCAAUGAGUGAACACUUCUGUGGCACGUGCAACCGUUUACGGAUAACAGCUGAUGGCAAUUUGAAGGUGUGUCUCUUUGGGAAUUCAGAGAUAUCUCUCAGAGAUGCAAUACGAAGCAAAUGCAGUGAGGAUGACUUGCUUGCCAUGAUUGGGGCAGCAGUGAGAAGAAAGAAGAAACAACAUGCAGGCAUGAUGAACCUGUCAAAGAUGAAGAAUCGGCCAAUGAUUCUUAUUGGAGGAUAACAGUAUGUAUAACUUAAACUUGAG